UAAUUAAUAGUUAAUUUAUCAUUGGUCGUUAGUUUAUUUCUAAUAUCCCACAAUAGCAACGCCGCACAGCUCCAGUGCUGCUGCAGAGUGCCGUUUAUUUCAUGCACAAAUGAACCAGGCAAACCUGUUUUCUUAAUGUAACUAACCUUAGGUUAGCCUUAGGCUAACCUUAGGUUAGCUAACACAAACAAACCAAUACAUAGGUUAGCUAACAUGUUAGCUAGGUCAGCCAACAUGUAGCGGCAGAGUGCUUUGCCCUCGGUAGUGUUGGUGGCCUUGAACCUGGAGGCUUUAGCCUGCUAGCUUAGCUUCAGGUACCCCUGAGGUGCACGAGAUACGUAAGGAAGGAGACAUUAAGCAACAAGCCGUUCUUUUGGUUACGAGUGAGACUCCUCAACCUACAUGUUUCCUUCAUUGAUGAAAUGUUAAAUAUACAUUUUGCCAAAUGUUCUCGUUUCUUUUGAAAGAUCCAAAAAGAAGAUUUUCAUAAAUUGUACAUUUACAUGAAACCUGUCACCUUUCUGAGUUCUUCAGAUUUAAGUUACAGAGUGGACCUGGUGCAGACCUUCCUGCCAUCUUCUGAUGCUCAUUGCAGCUUCUCAAGCUGUACAGAUCACACAGCGGAACCCUUGGGAAGGACACGAGGAUCCUUCUAGACACCUGAUGACCAGGUCAGCGUGGUGGAGGGGCGAGUGUCUCCCUGUGGCGGAGAACCUGUGGGCGCUGACGCUGAAGUCCGCUCUGCCCGACCUUGGGGAUUUGCACUGGGACCCGGUUCCUGACCUCCCACAUCCAUCCGCAGCGAAGGCCCCCCCGAUGAAGCUGGAUGAAGAGCUGUGGUGGUGUGAGCUCAGCAGAGACGUGGCUCCCCUCCCUGGACCCGACCGGCCCGCCACACCGCCACCGUCUCACAGCGGGCGCCGCGGCGAGGAGGAGGCGCCCCCCCUCCAAGCCCUCCCCCAGAGACCCCGGCCAUCCUCCCACAGCUCAUCGCCCGGGCCCUCCACUGCAGGGGGACACGAGAGGAGGACAGGAGCACAGCAAGAGGAAGGGGCGGGACCUCUCUCAAACCAGGAGGCCAGCCGAGGUUCUCUGCAGGAGGAGGAGCUGCAGCCACAUGUGGCAGGAGGUGGAGGAGGGGGGCGGCUGCAGAGCUGCCCCAUGUGCCUCGUGGUGUUCCCUGACGGGUUCACCCAAAUGGACUGUGACGGCCACCUCGCCCAGUGUCUGUCAGAGGUCAAUGUGGACGUGACCUGGUGAGCCCGCUGGUGAGCCCGCUGGAGAACCCGCUGGAGAACCCGCUGGAGAACCCGCUGGAGAACCCGCUGGAGAACCUGCUGGAGAACCUGCUGGAGAACCCGCUGGAGAACCCGCUGGAGAAGCGCGUUGUGACCUGGAAGCUGCAGAGCAGUUGGCCUCUCGUUAUAUGACCUAAAUCUUCUGUCAUUGUAUUUUUCAAAAGGUUUCUGCAACAACUCUAUUGUCUAUUAUGUACAUUACAAUUAAAAGGAUACUUUGCUCCAAAAGUAGUUGAGUAUAAGGCGCCAUGGCCCAAAAUCCACAUGACUCUGAAUAGGCGUGUUAGCUUGUAGCUGUUGUGGCUGCUAGUGUUGCCAACAGAGGAACGUCAGCGGCUCGACCUUUGCAAUAAACCCUUUUCUGACUAAA